GCGCACGGAGGCAUCUAUCCGGCGGACCCGCGAUGGCCGUGGUGCAGCUCGACCGGGAGGAGGACCACCACGACCACCACCACCACGACCACCAGCACCAGCUCCACCACCACCAGCAGCCGGAGAACGGCUUCGUGUCGCCGGACUCCGCCGGGCUGCUGACGCGCAUCGACGGCUCCGUGCUGCCGUUCCUCGGGGGCUUCGGGAGAUACCAGAAGCAGCUGAUCGUGCUGACAUGGAUCCCGGCGCUGUUCAUCGGAUUCAGCCAGUUCUCGGACAACUUCCUCCUGGCGCAGCCGAACACCACCUGCGUGCAGCCGCGGGUGAACCUGAGCCUCCGGAACCUGAGCCUGCCCGGUCCCUCCUCGCUGCUGGACGGGCCCAGGAACGGCAGCAGUGUUACGCGGCCGGCUCACAUGUACCAUGCCAAUGGGAGUUCCGGCGGCCACAAUGACAGCAGCAUGCAGUGCUGGUGCGACGAGUGGACGUUCGAGCUGCACACGGGACUCGAACACAACGUGGUGACCAAGUGGAGUCUGGUGUGUAACGCAGCAUGGAAAGUCCAUAUUGCAAAGUUCUCUCUGUUGGUGGGAUCCAUCUUUGGAUACCUGGUGUUUGGAGUCCUGGCUGACUGGUUUGGCCGUCACCCAGUGCUGAUCAUAUCGGUGAUGUUCAUGCUGGUGUUUGGUCUGACUGUGGCCUUCUCCGUCAACGUUCCCAUGUUCAGCACCUUGCGGUUCUUCGAGGGCUUCUGUCUGGCAGGAAUCACCCUGUCUCUCUACGUCCUCAGGAUCGAGCUGUGCCUGCCAGCUUGGCGUUUCUCCAUGACCAUGGUGGCCAGUUUUGUGGUGUUGGUUGGUCAACUGCUGAUGCCGGGGAUGGCGUACCUCUGCCGUGACUGGCAGGUACUUCAAGCCAUUAUCAUCUGCCCCCUGCUGCUGAUGCUGUCCUACAUCUGGAUCUUCCCUGAGUCACUGCGUUGGUUGCUGGCCACGCAGCAGUACUGCCGCUCCAAGUGGAUCAUGGGACACAUAGCCAAGAAAAACCGUGUGAACAUGGAGCUUGACGCAGACAACAUCCUCACAGAACUGCAGAGAGCUCUUCAAAAGAAACCCAAGAAGACGUGCAUUGUGAAGAUGGUCGGAACGAGAAACCUGUGGAAGAACAUCGUCGUGCUCUGCGUCAACUCACUCACAGGCUACGGGAUCCACCACUGCUUCGCCCGCAGCAUGAUGGACCCUGAAGCUAUGGAGACCACCAUGUUCCAUAACUUCUAUGCAGACUAUUACACCAUGGCGGGCAUCGCGGUGGCGUCCUGCAUGGCGCUGUGCCCGGCCGUGGGUCUGAUGGGCCGGCGGGGGGGCCUUCUCAUGUUCAUGAUCAUCACUGCCCUGGCCUCCCUGCUGCAGCUGGGCCUGCUCAACUUGCUGGGGAAGUACAGCGGCCACCUGAACAUCGACAGCUCAGGUUCGCUGAAUAAGAACUUCUCCAUCGCCUUCUCCAUCAUCGGCAUGUUCUCCUCCCACGCUGUCAGCAACCUGAGCAUCUUCUUCUGUGCCGAGAUCACCCCCACUGUGAUCAGGGGCGGGGGUGUGGGCCUGGUCCUCGCCAGCGCCGGCUUCGGCAUGCUGACCGCACCCAUCAUGGAGCUCCACAACCAGAAGGGCUACUUCCUGCACCACAUCAUCUUCGCCUGCUGCACCCUCAUCUGCAUCAUCUGCAUCCUCCUGCUGCCGGAGACCCGCUACCAGCCCCUCCCCGAGACGCUGGCCGACGGCGAGUGCUACACCCGGCAGCCGCUCCUCCCGCCGAGGAAGCCUGGAGAGCAGCGCCUCCUGCUGGCCCAGUCCGAGAGCAGCAGGGACUACACCAGGGUGCACGACACGCCGCUGCACGAGGCGGCCGCCACCGCCGUGUCCACCAUGGACUCCACCGCGUCCUCGGCCGUGGACUUGACGGCCCAGUCGGUCGGAGACAUGUCGGCCCCGGCGUUCAUGGAGGUGCACCCGGUCAAGCCCGAGGUUAAAGACCCCACUGGCCACUCGAGGUCCUCUCUGUCCAGCACCCCCCUCACUGCACUGGGGAAGGACAGCAUCACCCUGGCCAGCAGAGAGCACCUGCUGGCGUCCACUCCGCUGCACAAAGCUCCGUGCGCCACCGACCCGCUGCUGCUCGCUGACGAACCUCCAGCAGUCGAUCCUGUUGUCGAGCUAUCGUCGGAUGCUGUCGUCGUGGAGAUGAACGACGCCGGUCCCUCUCCGACUGAAGAGCCGGCCGCCCCCCCGAUCCCUCCAUCCAACUCCACCCCCCCUCCCGUCCCUCACACCGCGCCCGCCUCCUCGAUGGUCUGCAUCACACCCGUCAUCGAGCCGCCGCCCAGCUCCAUGCUGGAGUCCCCGAACCCCCCCAUUGUUGAGAAUGACGUCGCUGCUCGUCCCUGUGACUCCCCGACUCCAGCCGUGCCCGACAGCCUCCCCCCCUCCCUGGCUCCCUCCCCGGCUCCCUCCCCGGCUCCCUCCCCCGUCCCUGUGACAGACUGCACCGUGUCCCCGGACCCUCCGCCCUCCGUUAUCACGCACUCUGACAUUCCCAUCCAGUUAAAUAUAGAAGAUGAAUCUACACCUCCUCCUCCAACGAGAGACUCCCCCUCACCUCCCCCCGUCACGGACCCCCACCCGCCACAGGCAGACUCUACCCCUCCCUGCAUUAAGGAUGCAUCUCCUCGGCCCCCUACUCCCCCUGUAGUCCACAUUUCCCCUCCACCCUCUCCACCCUCUCCACCUCCACCCACUGACUCAGACAAUUUGCCCUCAGAGGGAACGUCCACUCCCCCCGUCGUAGAUGCCGCCAAGACCCCCGAAGCGUCUGCCGCCAUCCUUCCCGUCACAGACAUUGUGGCCACUCCCACUCCGGCGCCCCCCGCUGUGACUGUCACCGCCAUCGUGCCAGAUUCACCCGCUCCCCUCCGCCUAGAGUCACUGACGACCUCCGUCACAGAUUCAGGCAACGCCACAGAGGCGACCCCCCCCUCCCUGCUGGACUGCACCGUCUCCUCCCCCAUAGACUUUGGUGUCGCCGUCCCCGGCAGCACAGAAAACGACGCUGUCAACGACGUGGCGUCGUCCUGAUCCAGCGUCGCGGCCAGGGAAACAAAGCUUUAUGGUUGCUCCCCCCCCCCACCACCCAGACGUCACAUGAUCACCGGAGGAGAAGGGAGAGCGGCGAGAAGUGUCCUGCUCCGCACUCCAGGUGUUUAACCAAGACUGUCUCCGCCUGGAGUGGAGCAGACAUGUCUUACUCAGUUGUUGUAUGUGUCUCAACGACACCCCCGGACCCCUCACCCCGUUGCCCACCUUCCAGCAAUUAGCCAAUAAACGAGACCACCUAGUGAGAGAGUGCCAGAGGCUGGUUUGUGACAAUGUGACAGUAUCUUCUGCUCUUUCUUUUCUUUUUGAAUGUCACUGGAAAUCACCAGCCUAUAAACUACUUUGAUGUAAAAAUGAAUGGGAAAUGACAGUCUGUGGCUUUAAAAGAGACUUAACAGCUUCAGUCACUGCGCUGUGUCGUGGGGACAGCUGAGAGAUGCUACGAUGCUAACAAAAUUAAAAAAAAUAUAUAUAAAAAAAGGAAAACAAAAAAAAAUCUAAUCACUGGUACUUUUGCUCAAAUAAAAUGUCUGUCUAACUUAUUUUUUAAGGACAAAAAUAUCGCCUUACCUGUGUGGACAUGAAAAUCUGAAUGUUGCAGUACUUUUUUGCUGUUCUAGAGAAAAACAAAUCCAAAUUGGA